AUAUCAGAAUAUCGCGAGACUUUUGUUCCUCCAAUGGGAUCUUCUGUCACUUCCUGACCCAGAGCCCUGCCUUACCCACGACAGCCUCUCAACUCGAAGUAUUCCUAAAUAUUUCAAGACUUUCUGAAGUUUUUUGAGUUGUUUUUAAUAAUUCGUUGGAAAUGUGGAAGCUGCUGACUCCGUUUCUGUUUCUCUCGGUGCCGUUAAACGCCGACGGGCAGGUUUAUAAAGCCGUGGGUGACACAGUGGUCCUCACAGCGCGCAGUGUGGGGGCACCCAUCACAAACAUCGUGUGGAAACAAGGAGCAGACCUCGCUGCAGACUGGUCCUCGGGGGGUCAGACCUUCUACCGCAACUUUAAAGGCCACAGCACGUUGAAUAAUUUGACCGGAGCGCUGACCAUCACGGGCCUGACUCCAGACCACAGCGGCGUCUACGCAGCAGAGAUCAACUUCAACAACCAAGCCAACUCCUUUCAUCUCCAGGUCAUCUCUCCUGUCUCCAAGCCCGCUGUCUCCAAACAGUGUGACCCCCAGAUGACCUUGUGUAACCUCACCUGUGAAGGCAACACCACGGGCGCCGAGCCGGUGACCUACCGGUGGAGCCUACGCGACCGCUCUGUGGGCUCAACCCAGGUGUUGAACGUAGAGAGGGGCGAGGUCGGGACGGAGAGGAGCUACUCGUGUGUUCUGGAGAACCCGGUCAGCAAAGAGAACGCCACCGUCACCGUCACCUUCCCCCUCCCUCAAAGGAGCAGGUUGUGGAUGAUACCAGCAUUCUUCCUUCUAGCAGCCAUUGUGAUUGUUGUGAUUGUGUGUGUCCGCAAAUACAAAAGCAAAACAGCCAACAGGAGUCACUCAGGAUUAAGGUUUACAAAAGUACCUCAAGAUGAUCAGAGGCCCAUUGACCACAAAACAACUGACCAUGAAACAAUCAACAUAGAAACAGCCAACCAUCAAACAACCGACCAAGGAACCACCAACCAAGAAUCAACCAACCAUGAAACCACCAACCAAGAAUCAACCAACCAUGAAACAACCAACCAAGGAACCACCAACCAAGAAUCGACCAACCAUGAAACCACCAACCAAGAAUCAACCAACCAAGGAUCAACCAACCAAGAAUCAACCAACCAUGAAACCACCAACCAAGAAUCAACCAACCAUCAAACAACCAACCAAGGAACCACCAACCAAGAAUCAACCAACCAUGAAACCACCAACCAAGAAUCAACCAACCAUGAAACCACCAACCAAGAAUCAACCAACCAAGGAUCAACCAACCAAGAAUCAACCAACCAUGAAACAACCAACCAAGAAUCAACCAACCAUGAAACAACCAACCAAGAAUCAACCAACCAUGAAACAACCAACCAAGAAUCAACCAACCAUGAAACCACCAACCAAGAAUCAACCAACCAUGAAACAACCCACCAAGAAUCACCCAACCAUGAAACAACCAACCAAGAAUCAACCAACCAUGAAACAACCAACCAAGAAUCAACCAACCAUGAAACAACCAACCAAGAAUCAACCAACCAUGAAACAACCAACCAAGAAUCAACCAACCAUGAAACAACCAACCAAGAAUCAACCAACCAUGAAACAACCAACCAAGAAUCAACCAACCAUGAAACCACCAACCAAGAAUCAACCAACCAUGAAACAACCCACCAAGAAUCACCCAACCAUGAAACAACCAACCAAGAAUCAACCAACCAAGAAUCAACCAACCAUGAAACAACCAACCAUGAAUCAACCAACCAAGAAACAACCAACCAUGAAACAAACAACCAUGAAACAACCAACCACGAAUCAACCAACCAAGAAACAACCAACCAUCAAACCACCAACCAAGAAUCAACCAACCAUCAAACAACUAACCAAGGAACCACCAACCAAGAAUCAACCAACCAUGAAACAACCAACCAAGAAUCAACCAACCAUGAAACAACCAACCAAGAAUCAACCAACCAUGAAACAACCAACCAAGAAUCAACCAACCAUGAAACAACCAACCAAGAAUCAACCAACCAUGAAACAACCAACCAAGAAUCAACCAACCAUGAAACCACCAACCAAGAAUCAACCAACCAUGAAACAACCCACCAAGAAUCACCCAACCAUGAAACAACCAACCAAGAAUCAACCAACCAAGAAUCAACCAACCAUGAAACAACCAACCAUGAAUCAACCCACCAAGAAUCAACCAACCAAAAAACAACCAACCAUGAAACAACCAACCAAGAAACAACUAACCAUGAAUCAACCAACCAUGAAUCAACCAACCAUGAAUCAACCAACCAAGAAACAACCAACCAUGAAUCAACCAACCAAGAAACAACCAACCAUGAAUCAACCAACCAAGAAACAACCAACCAUGAAUCAACCAACCUCGAGAGUUGUUAGAAGUCUGCAGCUGGGUCCACAUUGGACCAAAAUGACUUAAAGGUUUGGGUCAGACAUUUCUAGGGUUAGCUGGUUCUGCUGCUUGGUCCCACUGAGACGUUGCUGAAACAUUUCAUCAAACAUCAAACCACAACCGUCGAGUGUUUUCUGAAUGUUUGACCGAGUAUCUUAACAGCUCAUUUUAACAACUUAUUUGUUUUUGCUUUAUUUGCUCGUCCAUCUUCAUCCUCCUAAAUUACUCACUAGUGGAGGUCAAUUUUUUAUUACAUUUAGGGGAAACAUUACAUUACAUGACGUUUAGCUGACGCUUUUAUCCAAAGCGACUUCCAAUAAGUGCAUUUCCACCAAACAAAUUAUGGAAUGAAAAAAUGUUCCUCUAUGUUUCAAAAAGUGCCUGAAAUUAAUUCCAAUAGCUGUUUUGAAGGAGUUUAUUUAAUAAAAAACAUUCAUAGUUGUUCCACUUUUCAUUCACGUUGCCUAGGAAACAGCACAUGGGUCCAAAUCAUUGUUACUUUCACACGCCACACAAUGACGUUGUUUUUCUUUACUUUCAUUUUCUUUUGUUGUCCCUCUCAUGCAUAUUUCGUUUUAUGUUUAUCAUUUUGUUAAAUAUUUUAAUGAUGUAAUAUAAUAAAUAAUAUAAUGUUAUAUACACUCACCGGCCACUUUAUUAGGUACACCUGUCCAACUGCUCGUUAACACUUAAUUUCUAAGCAGCCAAUCACAUGGCGGCAACUCAGUGCAUUUAGGCAUGUAGACAUUGUCAAGACAAUCUCCUGCAGUUCAAACCGAGCAUCAGUAUGGGGAAGAAAGGUGAUUUGAGUGACUUUGAACGUGGCAUGAUUGUUGGUGCCAGAAGGGCUGGUCUGAGUAUUUCAGAAACUGCUAAUCUACUGGGAUUUUCACGCACAACCAUCUCUAGGGUUUACAGAGAAUGGUCCGAAAAAGAAAAAACAUCCAGUGAGCGGCAGUUCUGUGGGCGGAAAUGCCUUGUUGAUGCCAGAGGUCAGAGGAGAAUGGCCAGACUGGUUCGAGCUGAUAGAAGGGCAACAGUGACUCAAAUAACCACCCGUU